UCUGUACAAGGAGGCCAUGAUGGAGGAGCACCAGCCUCUUAUAUCACAGGCAGAAAAUUCCCAUAAGAAUUCUGAGGGAAACUUCAUGUUGUCACUAAAUUAUAAAGUAGAAGAUGAAAACAACAUGCAAUGCUCUUCAGGAGAAAACCUUAAUGUACCUCCAGGACUUCACAGUACAGAUAUGUCAUAUAAUCCCCCUGUUCAUGAGGAAUCUUCUGACCAAUCACAGAUUGCUACCACAAGUGCUGGUCAGAAAGGGGUUGAAAGGCUUCAAGAGAUCACAAAAAGAUCAAGACUUUCUACAGACAGAAGAAUUUGCACACGGGAGAAGCCGUAUUCAUGUCCAAAAUGUGUGAAAUAUUUUGCAUAUAAAUCACAUCUUGUUAGACAUGAGAGACGUCACACAGGAGAGAAGCCAUAUUCAUGUUCAGAAUGUGGGAAAUGCUUCAUGGAUAAAUCAAUUCUUAAUAGACAUGAGAGAAGUCACAGAGGAGAGAAGCCCUAUUCAUGUUCAGAAUGUGGGAAACGCUUUACAGUUAGACAAGCUCUUGUUAAACAUGCACUACGUCACACAGGAGAGAAGCCGUAUUCAUGUUCAGAAUGUGAGCAAUGUUUUAUUCAAAAAUCAGAUCUUGUUAGUCAUGAGAGAAAUCACAGAAGAGUAAGAUUACGAUCACAAUUCCAGAAUUUAGACUUUGGUUUUGACUCCAAUUAAAGAAUGCCGUUAUUCGAUAACCUAGAAAAUAACACAAAGAAAUGCCCACAGUAACCCCAUGUUGCCCAUUAUGUGAGGAGG